GCCUCUUGUCUUGCGCUUCAGUUUUUUUUUUUUUUCAAAUUCACCGAAUGAGCACCGAAGACGACUCGUUCUCCUUGUCUGCCGACACACUGGCCGCGCUUCAGUCAUUCCUUGACGAGAAGGAGGCGAUGGACACGUCGUUCGAGCGGCUAAAGGAAAAGGCAGAGCAAGACUUUGAUGACAAGCAGCUGGAGGUUACCAUGGAUAUGUUCCAGGAGGACUGGCAGCUAAGCCAGUUUUGGUACGACGACGCAACCGCCAACUUCCUGGCCGACACAGCUCUCCGGCACACAGAAGAAUCCGACUAUGUAGCUUUCAUAAGUGCGCCCACUGCCUAUGUCGCUUUGCGUCGCAAGGACGCUGCACGGCCGCGCGCCUAUGUGUUUGAGAUUGACCAGCGCUUUAGUGUAUUCAAGGACCAGUUCGUGCUCUACGACUACAACAAACCAUUUGAUUUCACAGGCGCCGAGUCGCUAAAGGGCAGAUUCAAGUUCAUUUACACCGAUCCGCCAUUCCUGAACAGAGACUGCCUGGGGAAGAUGAUCGAGACCAUGAAGUUUUUGGCUGCGCCUGAUUGCAAGGUGAUGAUUGUCACUGGUGCGGUGAUGCAGAGGCAGGCCAGCGAGGAUAUUGGUGCGCGCGCUACCGGGUUUGCGCCGACACAUCGUGGCGGGCUGUCAAACGAGUUUCUGUGCUACACCACGUUUGAAGACGAUCACCUCAAGUGGAUUUAAGGCUACCACAACCCACUAGACCUAGCAUAGUUUCUAUUGUAAUGAGACCCAUGAAGUACCCUAUUGUACAACCUCAUCAGCAGUAAAUACAUGUCCG